AUGAACAAUGAUCAGUUCCGCAAGCUCGUGCUUGCAAACUCGAAACACUCCCCAGGUGCCAAGAAUGGGCCCUCCCCUGAGGCCGACAGCCGUAGCGGCUCGGGGUCGCUUGGUUCGCGGCAACGAGCCAGCAUCCCCAUGACGCCUCGCUCGGUCGCAGGUGCCCAGGCGGAAUUUGCUCGACAGCUCGCCGAACGAAACCAAGCCGCCCAGCCACAGAAGAAUUUCAAGGCCUUUGUGCCCAAAGGCGCCAAGCUGGCCGCUGGCUACACCGAUCGGACAAAAGAGAGACUGGACGAAGCUGCGGACGAUAGAAAAGAGAGACUGGCGGCGCUCGAGCAGUCCCUGAACAAAGGCGAGGUGGACAAGGAAACAUACGACAAACUGAGGUUCGAGAUUGCCGGCGGGUCUCUAGAGACAACCCAUCUGGUCAAAGGCCUGGACUUUAAGCUCCUCGAGAGAGUGCGGCGCGGAGAGGAUGUUUACAGCAACAAGAAGGGCGAUGCGAGCGAUGACAAGUCCGACGAAGACGAUGUCGAUGAUGCCUUUGACGAACUGGAGCGGAGAGAAGUGAGCGCCAUCGAAAAGGAACAGACAGAGAGGAAGGCGGGGCAGCUCGCAGCGUUCCCUGUAGUGGCCGGGAAAAAGAAAUCACGGAAUCAGAUCCUGGCAGAGCUCAGGGCAUCAAGAGAGGCGGCAAAAGCUCAGCAAGUGUCGUCGCUGGGGAGCAAGUUCAAAAAGAUUGGGACCAAGCAGAAACCCGGAACGCGGAUUGAGCGCGACAAAAAGGGGCGGGAGGUGCUCAUCAUCGUUGACGAGGACGGAUACGAGAAGAGAAAAGUACGGAAGCUAAAGGCUUGGGAAGAAGAGGACGAGGAUGGGGCAGGAAACGACCUGCCGAUGCCGGACCCCAGGGCGAAGCCUCUGGGCAUGGAGGUUCCUGAAGAGUACAGACAAAGGGCGGGGCCCGAGGAGGACGUGGACGACGACAUCUUUGGUGGCGUCGGUGACGAUUACGAUCCCCUGGCUGGCAUGGAUGUUUCCGACUCGGACUCGGACUUGGACUCGUCGCGGCCGGAAGAUAUCGAUGGGCAACGGUCAAACGAGGCCGCAAACGGGCCGAACAAGGCAGGAAUGUCAGAUGCGGAGAUGAUGCCCCCGCCGCCCAAGAUUACGAAGCCCGCAGCCCCGCACAACUAUUUCAAGGACUCCAAGACCGGACUCUUGUCAGCAGAGGCAGCCGAGAAGCCGUCGAUGAAGGACCCGGCGAUCAUGGCGGCCAUCAAGAGGGCAGCAGCCCUCGGCCAUAUCGGGGAUGGCGACGGCGACAAGGACGAGGCGGGCAAGGGAGGCGAGUCGAUGGAGGAGCGGCGCAGGAGGCUACUGCGGAUGAGCGAGCGGGACGAUGCCGACUUGGACAUGGGCUUUGGAACGAGCAGGCUGGAAGACGAGGAGGACGGCGACGAGCAGAGAGUCAAGCUGUCGGCGUGGGACGGCGGCGGCGGGGACGGCGGCGAGGGCGGGAGCAGGGGCGGGCAGGGCAAGAGGAAGCGGGGCCCGAAGAAGCGCAAGGGAGACGCCAACAGUGCGGCCGACGUGCUGCGCGUCAUGGAGCAGCGCAAGAAGUCGUGA